AUGCGGCUGGCGAAAGUCAACAUACUCCGGAGUGGCGCCUCUACAAACAGCAGUGGUCAGAAGCACCCAACAUCCCUAAAUUUUUCAACGGAUAGAAACGUGGUUGGUGUCUUCUGGUAUAUCAAAGAGGAACUGGAUGAUAACGAGGCACGGAAAAUCGCACGAUCUAAGCAAGCGAACGGCCAUCGAGGUAAUAUUUUCCAUGGCUCAGCCGAAAGUGUUUGGCAAAAGGGUGAUAGCCGUAGGAGCCACAACUAUACGACAAAGCGAGAGAACGUGAAGGCCGAGACAUGGCCUGAGACCUUCGCUGGUCGGUCCUACGGGUUACUUUCAGACGAAGAAGAAGACGAAGAAGGAGUUAAUGAUGGCCCCGAUCCGAUGGAUCACCAACCGUCGUCACAGCAGAGUUAUCUCUCAUCAACUACACAACAGGACCCACUUUCGCCGCCUCUCUCCCCUUCGCCAAAUCGUGAAAGUCUUAAUGCUACCCCAAGGAAGCGGGAAGACCGCACGCCUCCAAUGCCGGGCUCAUUUGUUUUUGAAGAAGACGCACCUGCAUCACCAUCGUUUUCCUCGAGUCUGACGGAAUCAACCCAAAAUGUUACGGAUUUUUUAUACUCGACACCUGCUAGGCCAUCCUACAUAAAUCCGGGCCUUGCACUAGAAAGCCGUUAUGAUAGCUCUUCCUCAUUACCUCAGCAUUCCAGGUUUGACAUGACGCCCCGACAACUUGCAGCAUUCUCGCGCAGGAAGCAAGAAUUCGAGCGCUUGAUGGAACGUCCAUCGACACCGUCCGUAAUGAGCGAUACUGGCGUGCACGAAUGGGAAAUUUCUGACAAAGAUCGGGCCGAGCGUGAGAGACGAAGGAAAGAUCUUCAGAGGUUUCGAUUAGAGAGGCAAAAGCGACAGCGUCUUGAGAAUAGAUCUGAGAGCCAGGGGGGCAAGGAGCCUAGUAGAAAAAGGCCCCGCAGGUCCUUCGAAUUGAUCGACUCUGGGCCACUAGUUGAACAGGUGCCUUCGAAACGAAGUCGAUCGUCGGAAUUAUUCGCCCGUGCGCUAGACCGAGAAACACGGGCGACUUUUAAAUCCCCCGAGAAUGAGCGACCGGUGCAUGAUAGUUCUUUGCUUCUUCCCGCCACAGAUGAGAUUUCUCACAGCCUGCGGGAGAGUGAAGCCCCAGCCAGUGCAUACUCUGCACCAACGCCGUCCCCGUCGCCUCCAUUACUGUCAGAACCAACCGUUUCUAAGCAUGCUCAGCUCCACAUGCCGAAAAAACCCUCUGGGCUUCGGAGGGCUGUCAACAUCUCUAGUUCCCCUAGCACCUCACCUAUGAGGGGGAACCAGAACCCCGGGAAGCUCCAUUCUCGGUUCGUAUCCGAAGACGCUGCCAAUAUUUGUCGGUUGGCAGUCAAUACCUUUGAACGGUCCUCUCUUUUAACCUACGAUUUCCCCCCCCUCAAUCCGUCCCUGGCUAGUCAAGCUAGGCCGGAGAUUGUUCGAGAAUUGAAUAAUUACCUUGAAUCGCUCGUGCCAAAGGUUUCACCUGUCUAA